AUGGUGUAUGCGGCACCUCCAAGCCUGCUCCGCGGCCGUUCCCAGCUUACACACGCGCUCCCCGCCGCCAGCAGCCUGGGGAAGCGUUUCCCUGCCGCCAGUUCCCACUGGGGACCGACUGCGGCCGCGUUCGCCGAGACGAGCAGCAACCUGCUAAUUGCGCCUCGUCACCCGAGCCGCGCGGUGGCACACGGCUGGGUUGUUCCCGGGCUGCCAGCAGCCAGGAGGACAGGUGAUAUUGCACCUCGCGUGAUCAAAAAAAGGUGCAGGGGUGCCCGUGUCCCCGCCAUCGAGCUCAAGCUGCGCCUGGCCAACGGGCCCGGCCGGUGCCAGGGCCGCCUGGAGAUCCUCCACAACGGCUCGUGGGGCACGGUGUGCGACGACGACUGGGACAUCGUGGACGCCAACGUGGUGUGCCGCCAGCUGGGCUGCGGCCACGCCAUCGCCCUGCCGGCGCCCAUGACCUUCGGGCAGGGCAGCGGGCCCAUCUUCUUGGACAACGUGGACUGCAAGGGCCGGGAGGCGGCGCUGAGCGAGUGCUGGAGCCACGGCUGGGGCAUCCACAACUGCUACCACUACGAGGACGUGGGCGUCAUGUGUAACGGUAACGGGGAUCGGUUCCUCCGGGGCGAGGGGUGCGCGGGGGGCUUGUGGCUCCACGGACCUCCCGAAGGAGUCCUGGGGUCAUGUCUCAGAACCUGUUCCUCUGAGGUUGGGUCAACAGAGCCUCUGCAUCCUUCCUGCGACCCUUUUCUUGAGCUCUUGCCCACGCCAGCAAGCGAAGGACCGACCAGCAGGACUGCCACGGCCUCGGGGCGCAGUGGGGAAGGUGAGGGGCUGGGAGCCCGUCCCGGCUGGGGGCUCUCUGAGGGGCGAGCGGAGCAGCACCACCACCACCCACCACCACCUACCGUCACCCACCAUCACCCAGCACCUACCACCACAGCCCAGUCCUUACCCCCCAUGCAGCCACCCCGGUGGGUUGCCCAAGAGGAGCAGACCCCCAGCAGCUCCGCCUUUGGGGCCAAAUCCUGUUCCAGCACUUCGUGCAGGAUCCCACCAGUCGUGCUGCCCCAAAGCAGAGCCCCUGCCGCCCGCUCAGGUGGUUUCUUCCCCACCAGAGCCCAGCUCUGUGGGUCGGUGGCCUCGAGGGGACAGCGAGACGCUUGUCCCCCGUGCUGUCACCCUCCAGGUGACGGCAGCAUCCGGCUGGUGAGCGGGGCGGACGCCUGCCAGGGCCGGGUGGAGAUCUUCUACGGCGGGAGCUGGGGCACGGUGUGUGACGACGACUGGGGCCUGAGCGACGCCGGCGUGGUCUGCAAGCAGCUGGGCUGCGGCCGAGCCCUGGAGUCCAAGAGCAACGCCUAUUUCGGCUACGGCACGGGGCGCAUCCUGCUGGACAACGUCAACUGCGAGGGCAGCGAGCCCGUCCUCUCCGCCUGCUACAGCCUCGGCUGGGGCAUCCACAACUGCGGCCACCACGAGGAUGCCGGGGUCAUCUGCACGGGUAAUUGGGGGAAAGUUGGGGGGGAUAGCCCCGAUGUGCCCACGGGGCUGCUGGAGCAUCCUUCUCCUCUCCUGGGGCUUGGGAUGGGGCCCGACCCCAGCUUCGGGAUGGGACAGCAGAAAUCAUCUCCCUGCCCUCGCUGCGGGGCCAGGAAGGGAGGGAAGGAGCGGUGCCAGCGCCGGGAGCGCUGCCAGGCUCGCCCCCCGCCCCUCUCCCAUCGCCCAGCCCCACCAUUAUCCGCUGAUUGGCUGGACACGUCCACCAUCACGUCCUUCACCACCUCGGUGGCCCUGGACUACCAGGAGACGCUCACUGCCACAGCCACAGCGGUGACAGACGGCCGUGAGCAGCCCACGCCGGUGACCGAGGUGGCCACAACCGCGCUCCUCACCUCCCAGAUGGAAAGUGGCGGCGUGCGGCUGGCGGACGGCAACGGGAGCUGCCGCGGGCGGGUGGAGGUGCGGCACGGCGGCACCUGGGGCACGGUCUGCGACGACGACUGGGACUUCGCCGACGCCCAGGUGGUGUGCCGGCAGCUGGGCUGCGGCCACGCCGUCUCCGCCACCGUCCUCGGCUUCUUCGGCUUCGGCAGCGGGCCCGUGCUGCUGGACAACGUGGGGUGCGGCGGCGGCGAAGCGCGGCUGGCCGACUGCUUCCACCUGGGCUGGGGGCGGCACAACUGCGGGCACCACGAGGACGCCGGGGUCGUCUGCCGAGGGGCGUCGGAUGGGGCGGGGGCGGGAGAGGCCGCGGGGAGGGCAGGGGGGCUCGUUCGGGUGGGGGGUGAUGGGGUUUGGGGUACCCCGGCCGGGCGCCGGCGCGCCGAGGUCCCCAGGGAGGUGGUCGCGGCACCCAGCCUGUGGGUUUGGGGGUGUUUGGACGGGGGUCUCAGACACGCGGUGUGGUUUUUGGGCGGCCCGGUGCUGAGCCGGGUGAUGGACUUGACCCUGGUGGGUCCCUUCCGAUUUGGGAUGUUCUGCGGUUCCGUGGUUCGGGGAGGACGGCGGCAGCGGGAUGCUGGCAGGUGGCGGCCGAAGCGUGGGUGCCGCCUCUGCUCCCAUGGGUGCGCCCUGCUCCUGCGGCUACAAGCACGGGGACCACGUUUCCAUGCUACGUCACCUGUCCCCAGCUCCUGUCCCCUGCCAGCCGCUCACACGGGGACUCUGAGCUGGCCCCAAAAAGCAUGGACAUCCCCCGAACUGCCCUUCCCACCCCUUCCCCCUGCUCCAGGUGCUGACGACUCAGGAGACCAUUCCCAAGAAGCCACCGUUACAGCCACCACGCCAGCCCCGGCCCACCCGGAGGACGGCUCCCUGCGCCUGGUGAACGGCAGCCACCGGUGCGAGGGGCGCGUGGAGAUGUUCCACCUGUCCCAGUGGGGCACGGUGUGCGACGACGCCUGGGACCUGCGGGACGCCGAGGUGGUGUGCCGGCAGCUGGGCUGCGGGCGCGCCGUGGCGGCGCUGGGGGAAGCGCCCUACGGCCGGGGCGCCGGCUACAUCUUCCUCGACAACCUCAAGUGCAAGGGCAGCGAGCCCUCGCUGCUGCGCUGCUCCCACAUCCGCUGGGACGUCCACAACUGCGACCACUCGGAGGACGCCGGCGCCGUCUGCAGCCUCCUAUGACCGGCCACCCGCAGGGACCCUCGCGCGGGUACAGCGGGGAGGGGGCUCGGGGUUCAGGAGCUGGGGAGGGAUGGGGGGCUCCGUGGGGAUUUUUAAUGCAGCAGGGUAUAAAUCAGGCGGGCGGGAGCUGGUGCCAAGCACGCUCAAACGAGACACGAGGUGUGUUUCGAGCCCAGCUUCCCAGGGAAAUGAGGUUGGGCAAUCACGCUGGCUGCGCGUGGACGUGUGCCUCGCCGGCUCGUGAACCCGCCGGCUGGCUUCACCCGAGUUGGGCAGAAGGGGAGAGGUCUCCAAGGUGAUGCUUUCCCAUUUAAUUCUUUAAAAUAGACAGCGGGGGGAGGGAGAGGCCUCUACAGGGGGGGAAACCUAACGAGCUCAACACCAUAUGAGCCAUCAGAGAAUCCACCAGCAAGCACUGCUGGACGCCAGCCUUUGAGAGCAGAAUUUGUGCCCCAGCACCACCCGCUAGCACACAUGGGGCCAGGCAGAGGUGGCUCCUGGUGGCCGGUGUCCCCAGCUUGGACACAGCCAGCUCCCUGCCUCCACGUCCCCUCUCGUCCCUCGGGGCACUGCCUGGGGCUCCCUCGGGCGUUUGGGGUCAGCGCUGGGUUUCCUCGGCUCCUAAAGUCUUGGCUGAAGCUUCUCCCCCCCCCCCAAACUGCCCAUUGGAAAGCAAAACAAAACACAAAAACAAAUAAAAAAAAUAGGUUUUGGUGUGAAAUCUGGUUGGUUUCAGCCAUUUUGUUUAAGAGAUGAGGGGAGCAAAAUGGAUUUUCUGCUGUGAAAUUGACUCGGGAUUGUACCUGGGAAACGUAACCCAGGGCUGAACUCCAUCCAGAACAUUCCAGCUGCUCUGCAGCGAGGUGCUGCCGUUCUUCCCUUUGCUUUGCAACCCCCCGUUAACCCAUGCACGAGGUUUCUCUCCCCGUGCCGCCAGGAGAAACACCAAGAACCCUCCCAAAUUCUCACACAGGGCCACAUCCCGCAGCUGCCCCCUAACUUCCCCCUGUGCCCACGUCGUCUCCUCUCCUCCUGCUCCUCUCCCGAGCGCAACCACAAAAAGCUGGGGAGCAGGGCGAGACGGGGCUCCCUGCAGCCUCCCUGUGUCCCCCGUGCCCCCCGUGUCAUCCCCAUGUCCCCAUGCCCGCUGCCACCCAGACCCCUUGCACGGCGGUGGCGCCCAGCAGCACAGCCCCUUUGUCCCUGCAGAGCACGGGGACGCACCAGGCACCAUUUCCACCAGAAAGCAGAGAAAGACUCGUCGGGUCUGUGUAGGGCAUGCGAAGGUGUUUAUGGGGUGCCACGACUGCUGUGUAACGCAGGGGGUGCCGGGGUCCCCCUCCUCCCCACUCGGUCCCGUGUUUGUACAAUUCUUUUGUUAAUAAUAGAUUGCGCACAUUCCCAUUUUUUUCCACUUUUCUUACGUGUUUUUUUUGGGGCGUUGUUUUGUGAAUAAAUAAAAUCCCUUUUCAAGUGAGCGCUUGCCUCUGUGCAACCCCUCCGAGACUCGGCGAAAGCGAACGGGCUCGGGACAGGCGACGCCCCCGCACCACGCGAGGGGGGCUCGGGUUUGGCCGUGUGAGGUCGGCACAAACCCCACCCGUGCACACAGCGGCUCACACCGAGCUGGGAACCAAGCUCGGACCCUCCUGGGCUCAGGGGAGGGAUUUGGGGUCUGGCUCUGCUCCCGGCUGGCUUUGGCAGCCCCGGAGGCUGCGGGGUUGCUGCUGAAGCGGGCGGAUUGCUGCUGUGCAGCUGGACGGGCUCCGCAGUGCUGACGGCAGCAAAUCGGU